AUGGAUGCGGAUGGCGACUCCCCAUUAGACGACUCUCUGCCGCACGAGCUGGAGCCCUUUGAACGGACCGAAUGGCCCUACACGUUGUCACCGCAAGCACAACAGUGGGCGGUCCCAUCCUGGAAGGUACUGCAGGUACUCGGCCAACCCGACUCAACCGCCCUGGCCGUCAGAGCGAUGAUCCUAAACCCCGCAGGCCGCCUCCUGAUGCUGCAGAAAAAAACCCUCGACGGACAGCCCGGUGCUCUACAGAUGCCGGGCGGCGAGUGCAGAAAUGAUGAAUCGUCAAUCUUCGACUGGCUCCGCGAGUUUGUAUGGAUCGAUACUCGCAUCACUGUCUUGGGAAUACGAGAAUUUGUGGUAGGAAUUCCCCAGCCCGGGAGGCUGGUCAUGUGGAUCGUGGUCCAGGUGCCGUCAUUGAGGGAGCCCGUCCCGACUCUUGAUCCGGACCGUUUUGCUUGCCACCUGUGGCUUGAACCUUGA